GGACCUUAGACGCGGACGGACCAAACAAACGCUUCAAAAAAAAUUCCGCCUGAAACUCAGAGCGGCGGAACUGAACGUCUCACUGAUUUCAGAGUUUAAUUCACCGCCGCAACAAAAAAUGAAGUUUCGAGGGAAAAUCAUAGACGUCGCCUGUCUCAACCACUUCACCAGAGUCAUCACCACCAUCUCAAAGCUGACGAAGAUGUGCGUCCUGAGACUGACUCCUGACAACCUGUUCUUCGUCCUGUCUGGUAAAGUGGCCAACGGAGGGGUCAGCAUGUGGUGUGAACUGUCACAGGCCAACUUCUUUGAUGAGUACCAGAUGGAGGGCGUUUCCUCUGAGGACAACGAGAUUUGUCUGGAGGUGACUCCAGAGAACCUGUCCAGAGCUCUGAAGACGGUCCAGAACGCCAAGGCCGUCAAAGUCAAACUGACCAAGAAGCACUGUCCCUGCCUCACCAUCGCUGCAGAGCUGCCCACGCUGUCCAGCGCCAGUCGAGUCGUCACUCACGAUGUCCCGGUUGACGUCAUCCCCCGGAGACUCUGGCACGAAUUCAAAGAACCAAACAUGCCAGACUUUGAUGUCAGUAUCUACCUGCCUCCUCUGAAGACCAUGAAGAACAUUGUUGACCGGAUGAAGAACCUCUCCAACUUCCUGGUGAUCGAGGCCAACCUGAACGGAGAGAUGAACCUGAAGAUCGAGACAGAUCUGGUCUCUGUCACCACUCACUUCAAAGACCUGGGGAAUCCUCCAUGGGGUGAUGACGCCUCGCAGGACGGCGGUGCGUCUCAGAGCAGGGACCCAGAGGCCAUGGUGGAGGCCAGAGUGGACAUCAGGAGGCUGCAGCAGUUCCUCAUGGGACAGCAGGUCAACCCCAGCAAGGCCAUGUGCAAUAUUGUCCAUCAGAGAGUCGUCCACCUGAUUCUGCUGCACGAAGACGUGUCGCUUCAGUAUUUUAUCCCCGCCGUGGCGUAGACGACCUGCAGGUCACAUGACUUAUUUCUGCUCACUGUGAGUUUAGGGAAAAUGGACUGUGAACCUGUUUCAGGUGUUUUCUCACAUGGUGAAGGAAUCCUCUUUAUCGUGGCACCCAGAAUGAAACAAAACUCCCAGUGUGUGGAGCUCUGUCCUACGUUUUACUGAGACUGAGCUUAGUUCCAGUUCUCACAUGGACCUGAGGAAGACUUCACCCUCCGACCUGUGCUGAGGACAUGCUGCUAGAUACACACUGAUGAAGGAGGAUGGUGCAAAGAAUUUGGACAGUUGAGAAAAUUUGCAUCAAAGUUUGGGACGUUCUGAUUAUGAAGCGUUUUGCAUUAAGUGUUGAAAACAUAUUUCAAUUUAAGUUCUUUUUAAAAUAAAUCUAAACCACACACA